AAUGAGAGCGCACCUUUGCUUGCUCACAAGAAUAGUCAUCUUGAGACUUCCCAGAAUUAGUACUGUUUUUCUCCGCUGUAUACUGAAUGUUUGGUUGCUCUUCUUUGUGCGGAACAGACAGAGGAUGCUGUAAUGAGAGUCGGAUGCGAGAAGUUGUUUGACCUGUAGUCCGAGUUUUCUUUCAGCCGUUCCCUGCGACUCACCUGCCGCAUCUUCACCGACCUGAAAGUCCAGUUUCACUGUGGGAGCCCAGUGUAGUGCACAUGGCUCAGGAGGAGAAUAAGCGUCUGGUGGUUGUGGUCCCUAAUGAGAUGACUAUUCCAUCACGCCGUGCCUUCACAAGUGAAGAUGAGGCAUGGAAAUCUUAUUUGGAGAAUCCACUGACUGCUGCCACCAAGGCCAUGAUGAGCAUUAAUGGAGAUGAGGACAGUGUGGCUGCCCUGGGAAUCCUUUAUGAUUACUAUAAGGUUCCUAAAGAGAAGAGGCUGUUACCAGUACCCAAACCUCCAGAAGAUCAUGAAAAGAGUCGGAUCUGUCAAGAUGGCCUUGAGUCCACAGAGAAUCGUAUCCAGGUCCUGAAGUCACUUCCUGUCAACCUGUCAUUGAAUACUGAUGUGCACAGUGCAGAAAACAAACAAGACCUGUUUGGUUCAGUGCCGAUUGAGGAGGGUGUUGUGGCCACUGUGAAGGCUGAGGUUUAUGCUCAGGCAUUCUCCAACCAUCACCAGCAGCAGGGGGUUCAGUAUCAGCGCAUGUCCUACCUUCAGCCUUUACAGGAUCCAGCGAGCCUCAGCCACGACAGAUACAUGAAGGAUAAACAGUGCAGUACACCAGAUAGCACCUUUGAGGACUCCUACGCUGAGGAGACUAUGAAGUACAGGUUGCCCACCACACUAGGGGCAGAAGAUUUCUCCCAGAAGCAUUCGGGGAUAGACUUGUUCCAGUACAGUAUAGGAGCGAGCCGUUCGGUCCGCGAGAAGGCCGGCGAGGGGCCGAUGAUCUAUUUGAACAAGGGCCAGUUCUACGGCAUCACUCUCAGUGAGACCGGGGCCAACAAGGGCCUUCGCCAUCCCAUCAGUAAAGUGCGGAGUGUAGUGAUGGUGGUGUUUGGACAGGAGAAAUGUCGAGAUGAGCAGUUAAAGCACUGGAAAUACUGGCACUCCCGCCAGCACACGGUCAAACAGAGAGUCCUUGACAUAGCUGACUACAAAGAGAGCUUCAGCACCAUUGGCAACAUCGAAGAAAUCGCCUACAAUGCUGUGUCCUUCACCUGGGACAUCAAUGAGGAGGCAAAGGUUUUCAUUACGGUGAACUGUCUGAGCACAGAUUUCUCCUCACAAAAGGGAGUCAAAGGUCUUCCACUUAUGAUCCAGAUUGACACCUACAGUUACAACAACAGGAGUAAGAGACCCAUUCACAGAGCCUGCUCACAGAUCAAGGUCUUCUGUGACAAGGGAGCUGAGCGAAAAAUUCGUGAUGAGGAGAAAAAGCAGCUUCGGAAGAAGGUCAAAGGUCAGGCUGCUGGCAACCAGGGUCAUGAUGGUAAGAGAGGAAGUUUUGCCACUUUAACUCAAAAGAGGCCAGAUAUUACACUCUUCAAAACUUUGACAGACCUGGAGUCCCAGCCUGUCCUCUUCAUCCCCGAUGUCCACUUGAACAACCUCCAGAGAGCCGGUCAGGUGUUCAGUUUUGGCGUUGAAGAAAUGGAGAGUGAUGGGGUGGCCAUGAAAAGACCAUUCCGGUCAUCAGAGGAGGAUAUUUCUCCACCCGCCAAAUACAGCAGAGAGGAAAAGAGAGUCCUGCUGUAUGUAAGGAGAGAAACUGAUGAGGUUUUUGAUGCACUGAUGCUAAGGUCUCCAACACUGAAAAGUUUGCUUGAGGCAAUAUCAGGCAAAUAUUCUGUUCCUGUGGAGAAGAUGACUAAAGUCUACAAGAAAAGCAAGAAAGGGAUCCUGGUCAACAUGGACGACAACAUCAUUGAGCACUACUGCAACGAGGACACAUUCAUCCUUUCCAUUGACAAUCAGAUGGACUAUUUCCGGGUCACUCUCACUGAAAUUUAAAUGAUUUUAAGUGGCACAAUAACACACUUCUACUGGGAGGACUUUUUGUUGCCCUGAAGCAGCACACAAUUCAUUCUGUGCAUCUGUUUGGUUCUUAUGAGCUCUGUAUCAAAAGAGGAAACUGCUUUCGGAAGUCAUGGAUUUGGGAAUGCACUUGAGUGGACCUGCUGGUACAGUUUAACUUGUUUAAAUAAACCUAAUGAUGCACAGUCUGAACAACACAUAAAAUGCUCUUUUAAAGCACUAUAAUAUGCCAGUCAAGUUUAAUGGCUUUUUUCUUUGAGGUGCUGUCUCCCCCUUGAGGCCAACAGUGUGAAGCCCUAAAAAAAGUAACAGACUUUUGCAUGCAUUCAGUCUUUUCCUGUAUCAGUUCUUGAUUCAUAUUUGGACAUAAAAGAUACUCUUAUUCUAGGAAAACAUAUUGUUAUAAUAUGCACAACAAAUAGCAUAAAUUGAAGAACGGCCCAAAUGCUACACUGUAUUCUUUACCUUAUGUGUUACAUGAAUGUAUAGUUUACACAUUUUCCUCAUGGUGUUGUAUGUUGAUGUUUUGAUGUCUUUAAAAAAAAACACCUUGUACAUACUUUUUAUGGUUUUAUUUUAUCAGUUUAAUAAACAAGAUCAAAAUAA